AUGACAAGCUGUAGCGAAGAGAUCUCUCUAGAAGCCAUCCAAGCGACUAUUUCCUCUGUUCAAGCCCACGCAGCUGGUGAUGUAGUUUGGUUGACAGCUGUAACGGACGAGACUAUUGAGCUAUUGGAGAGUACAACGUCAAGCAGGCUGAAAGUAAUCAACAUCCUCAAAGGCCAGCAGGAAGAUCCAACGAUCAAACGUGUUCUACAGUUCUGUAAGCUGUGUCAAAAGUCGAAAGUUACUGAUCAACGCCGAGAACCGCCCCAA